AUGUCAUCUCUUCCGAGCAAUGACAAGCUGCGGCAGCACCUCACUGGUCUAUAUCUUGGUACUAAGAAAGAUGUGCUGAAACCCCCACCUGUGGUUCUCCAUGGAAUUUUCACAAUAUCCCGAUUCCCAUUCAAACUACUUCCUGAUGGGGGUUUUCGCACCUCUACUGUGCUGAAUUAUUUCAACAACAUAUCGCUUCAAGAAGCUAUGGCAAGGACGAAUGCCUGGGCUCACCUUGAGAGAGUCCAGGACAAGGACUUACUUGGUUACAGUGAUUUCCCAAAUUACGUCAAAAACCUCAAAGGCUUCGAGGGCUUAAUGACUGCUCCCCACACACUGGAAUACUCCCUUAUCAGCGAUCAGAGUUUAACUGGCCCUCAGAUUAAGAUUAUUCACAGAAUGUUCGAAUCUUGUUGGGAUACAAUUCCAUUGCCAACAACACCUCAGAAAUCAGCGGAUGAGGCAACAUCGAAAAUCCAAUACCAGUUUACUCCUGGUGUUAUGGAAAUGGAGAUUCCUAUGGACCAUGCACACAGGUAA